AUCUUCUACAGUGGUUAGAAAGUCUCCACCUGGUAAAUGAUAGUAUCAUUGGCAUAAAAGCCAUAAUAUACGCCCGCAAUGGGCUUGCUCGCCUUGCCGACUGAAAUUCUCCAUGAAAUCCUGAAUUUCUUUCCUAUCUGCUGGCUAGACGAGCCACGAGGGCUGCAUCAGCGAAAAACUCGCCACCCUGACACAGACAAGCUAUACUGGCUCCUGAGCCUUCGUCUUGUUGGUAAACGCCUCGACAAUAUAAUAAUCAACCGAUUUAUCAGUGCCAUCGGACGCGACGAGACAGACCCGCCGCCCACAGAGUGUGAUGCGGAAGGGCCACCAACGCGAUCCUCGGUAGUGCUGGGGAAACGUCUGCUUACUGCGAUUGUGCAAGAAUGCCGACUGAAGCCCUUUAAACAGAAAUGUCCUUUCGAGCUCGUUAAUACCAUUCUCGAUGGAGCAGAGCGUGCCGUGAACUUUCUUUCCCGAGAGGGCUUUGAUGAUGAGGACCUGCAAAAGAUUCGAGAAGACUAUAUGGAUGCGCUGGUCUCGGUCUUUGCGGUGCGUCUGCAACCGGACCCCAUUUGUGCGAUAAGGGAGGGUGUGCACGAAUGGGCCCCAGAGGAGGUGGAGGGUAGGUGGUAUGUCGCUGCGUUGCUAGGAGCAUCGUACUUGGGACGGAUCGACGAUAUGAAAUGCUUUCUGUCACUUGUUGACCAUGACGGGGACAUUUCAAAACUCUAUUCGAUGUCCUUUGUACUCGCCGCGGCUGCUUUAGGCGGGCAUAUGGAGGCAAUCCACUUUUUAUCUAGUUUUGAUUAUAUUGGUUACCACCAACAACUUGGCACCAGACAGAACACCGUGAUGCACUUUGCCGCCUUGGGUGGCCAUGCAGAUGUGGUGGCAUUCCUGUUGGAAAAUUGUGAUUAUUGGUACAUGUUGAAUGACGGGGACGAGAGUCCGCUUCUUUGGGCUGUUUGCGUUGGGCAUGUGGAUGUUGUUCGCGAGCUUAUAUCGAAAGACGUGCCGCAUAUUGGCACAGGACUGAAUAACCACAUGUUGACAUGGGCUGUGCAAGGUGGAAUUGAAGAUGUGGUUGUUGAGCUGCUGAAGAGCAGCAGGGUCUCGGCCAGGGGUGCUGAACCGGUCUCCCGGCGUUCCUACAGAAGGAUGAUGUCGGCUUUAGAACUUGCCGCUGCUCACGGCCGGGGUGAGAUUUUCCAACUCCUCCUUGCUGAUCCAAAGGCGGACAUAGCGGAACUUGAAGUUUUCCAUGGUGCCCUCGUCGGUGGAGACAUCAACAUUGUGCGGACGAUACUCGAUGCCGUCCCUGGGACUCUAGCGACAUAUGAGCGCGAAUACAAUAUACCAGCCGUCAUCGAUGUUGCGCAAACAAAUUGCUCGGAAGAGCUGCUUCGCUAUAUGCUAUCACGUAUGGACGUCGAUGUUAACCAUCCCUGUCGCGGGCAGGACACGGUUCUACACGCCGCCGUAAGAUCUGGAGACAUGGGCAAAUUCCAAGCGGUGUUGGACCAUCCAGACCUGGACAUAAACCAACCCUCACACUACAACAACGGGGAAUGUUUCGGGACAGUGCUGGAUAUUAUAUUGUGGGACUAUGAGAUAAGGGAGCCCAACAGGCUACCUUAUUUGAAGGCGUUAAUAGCGCGCCCAGACAUGAAUGUGAACUACCUCGGGCACUCGUAUGUGUCUACGGCGUUUGGUACUGCUGCUCUCUCAGACUCGACUGAGGUGAUGAAACUCCUGCUUGAACGUGACGACUUGGAUAAAGUGCCUAUAGAUCGACUAGGCUGUACGCCACUAUUGUCAGCGGCUGAAUCUAACAGUCCGAACGCGGUCGACCUCCUGUUAACACUCCCGGAGACGCUUUUGGACAUAUGGCACAAAGACAACGAAGGAAGCACAGCCCUUGAGCGUUCAGCGGCGGCAGGGAAUGUGGAAAUUGUAAAGAGACUGCUGGACCCUGCGCUGGGCGCGACAAGGCAAAUAAUACAAGAAGCCAUUGACCGGACAGAGGUUUACAUGCACGAAGGUUUCUUGGAUAACGAUAGAUAUACACGAGUAGAGAGCGCCGUGGAAAUGCUGCGGGAGCGCUUAGACGCAAUAGAUUGAUUGACGGAUUCUGCCGUUGUAGCUAGAGUUGUGUCCUGCUUAUUUCAUUCUGUAUAAUAGAUCGGCUUCAUGAAGCGUUGGCUUUUAGAAUGUAUGUUACUAUGGCACGGUCAAUUGUACUAUCGAACAUCGCC